AACCUCUCUGUUCCUCUCUUUCUCUCUCUGCCCUCUCUCUGCUAUUUAAUCCAUGCUGAAUGGCACACACACACUCCUUAUUUCCCAUCACUCACACACAACUAGGAAGAAAGACAAAAUUUUCUUUCCUUUCUUUUUUUUAUUUUAUUUUUGGAAGCUUUGCUCUCUUCUUCUUCAUUGAGGCAGAGUGAGAGUGACCCAUGGAUAAAUUUAAAAGACAGAUCUUGGUUGCCAUGGUCUUUGCUUGGCUUCUUGGUUUGCUUAGUAAUGCAAGCCAUGGAGUAAUACUAAAUGAAGAAGAAGAAGCUGAUAGGAUCACGGCACUUCCUGGGCAACCAAACGUCUCUUUCCAGCAGUUUUCAGGAUAUGUUACUGUUAAUCAAGCAGUUGGUAGAGCUCUCUUUUACUGGCUCACUGAGGCUGUUCAUGAUCCUUUGUCAAAACCUUUGGUGGUUUGGCUCAAUGGAGGCCCUGGUUGUUCUUCUGUGGCGUACGGAGCAUCCGAAGAGAUUGGACCAUUUAGAAUAAACAAAACAGCAUCAGGAUUAAACUUCAACAAGUUCUCAUGGAACACGGUUGCUAACCUUUUGUUCUUGGAAACUCCUGCUGGGGUUGGCUUCUCUUACAGCAAUCGAUCCUCUGAUCUGUUUGAUACAGGGGAUCGCCGCACUGCGAAGGACUCACUCCAAUUCCUUAUUCAAUGGUUGGAUCGAUUUCCAAGAUACAAGGGCCGAGAAGUUUAUCUUACUGGAGAGAGCUAUGCAGGCCAUUAUGUUCCUCAGCUGGCUAAGCAAAUUAUGACCUAUAAUCAACAUUCCAAGCACCCAAUCAAUCUCCAAGGAAUUAUGGUGGGGAAUGCAGUGACAGACAACUACUAUGAUAACCUUGGGACGGUGACGUAUUGGUGGAGCCAUGCCAUGAUAUCAGAUAAGACCUACCGGCAGCUCAUCAACACUUGUGAUUUUCGCCGGCAAAAGGAAUCGGAUGAAUGCGAAUCACUGUACAGCUAUGCCAUGGAUAAAGAAUUUGGCAACAUCGACCAGUACAACAUUUAUGCACCCCCUUGCAAUGUCAACUCCGAUGGUUCAACUUCUUCUCCCACUCGCCACUCCAUGCAUUUGCCUCAUCGACCCCAUCAUCCGAUAUUCCGGCAAAUGUCAGGCUAUGAUCCAUGUACGGAGAAAUAUGCUGAAAUUUACUACAACAGGCUGGAUGUACAGAAAGCACUUCAUGCCAACAUAACCAAAAUUCCUUAUAAGUGGACUGCUUGUAGCGAGGUUCUGAAUCGAAAUUGGAACGAUACAGAUGUUUCCAUUCUUCCAAUCUAUAAGGACAUGAUAGCUGGUGGUAUUAGAGUUUGGGUUUUCAGUGGGGAUGUGGACUCAGUAGUACCAGUUACAGCAACUAGGUACUCCCUAGCACAGCUAAAACUAGCAACAAAAGUUCCAUGGUAUCCUUGGUAUGUCAAAAAGCAGGUGGGGGGUUGGACAGAGGUAUAUGAAGGAUUGACGUUUGCAACGGUAAGAGGAGCAGGACAUGAAGUCCCACUUUUCAAACCUAGAGCUGCACUUGAGCUGUUCAAAUCAUUUCUAAAAGGAAAGCCUCUUCCAAAGUCUUGAAUAUUUUAUUGGGUUAGCAAAAAGGAGAAAGGGGGAUAAAGAAAAAAAAGUUAUUGUCCCACAUACAUUUGAUUAAUUAUUAAUUUAUGUUUUUGAGUAUUUUUAUUGUCAUUAAUUUUUACAAACAAGGAGUAGGGAGAGGAGAGGCAGAGAAAGUUUGAUUAAUUAAUUAAUGUGUUACGUAGAUUAGGGAAAAUUUGAAAAAUUAAUUAACGAAGAAAAGUAAUUUUGUUCGUAUAGUUAUGCAUUUGUUUGAAUCUGACUCUGGUAGUGAAUCCAAAGGGAAACCAAAAGGGUAUUCAAGCCUCA